UGCCCUGCCCCAUGGUGCCUGUCAGAGUACAAACUUCAGUUUAUCACAGGUAAUUACCGAUUUAACGAUUUGAAAUGCGCUGCUAUUACAAUCAUAACGGUACAGCUGAACGCACUCUGCAGUCACCUCAUCUCUCCAAGGGGAAGAAAAGGAAAGCUAAAAUAAUAAACAACUACUAAUGGAAAUGUGUCAUCCCGCAAUACUGUCAAAUCAUCAGCCCGAUAUUGCCUGUUCUAGCUUCCACGCGGUCUAUAAGACUGUGAUUGAAAGCGGGUCUCUGCAGCUUUAGCUACAUCGAUCCUCAAUUGUUUUCUCUCGAAAAGCUGCUUUUCUACAUCCAAGGUUGGUUGCCCCGUGACCUUCCAGGAAAACGGGAACGCGGUUGGCUGAGCCCCGCGUCAUUCCUGAGGGGCGAGUGACUCGGGAGAACCCGAUUGGUUUACACCCUGUCAGACUGGGCGGGGCCGGGGCACGGUGGUCGGCUGUACAUUGACUCUGAAGAGUCGCUGGUGAAUCUGUAUUUAACAGCAGCGCUCGGUUUGGAUUGGAGUUGAAAGAUACAUGAUUUUUUUGUGAAGAGUUCGCACUGAAGGUCGGUGAGACGCUGCGGAGAACAGGAAAACAGCAUUCACGGGACAAGGACACUCGUGACCGAGUCUUGACCCUGAAGUGAGGGUAUUAAAGGUGCAGUCAUACCUGAUGGAGUUGGAAGUUUCUGUAAUGGAGGCAGUUAGCUCAAAAGAUCUUUCUGGAAUGGAGUGUGUCCACAUUAAAGAGGAGGCUCCUGAAAUUGAACCUGUCUGCACUGAAGAGGAGGUCACAGAGCAUGGUCCUGUCUGCAUUGAAGAGGAGGUCACAGAGCCUGGUCCUGUCUGCAUUGAAGAGGAGGUCACAGAGCCUGGUCCUGUCUGCAUUGAAGAGGAGAUCACAGAGCCUGGUCCUGUCUGCAUUGAAGAGGAGGUCACAGAGCCUGGUCCUGUCUGCAUUGAAGAGGAGGCCCCUGAACUGGUCCCUGUCCAUGUGAAAGGCUAUAAAGACACUUGUAGUAAAAACGUGGGGACUCCUCUGGAAGACACCACCCAGCUAGAAGAGAGGAGUAUGUCUUCCACUGCCAGUGCUGCACGGUUUCAGAAACAAGAGGAGGAAUCCUGUCCGUGUCCCUGCUGUGAAAUAUCGUUUCCUAGGAAAGAAGAUCUUGAGAAGCAUUUUAAGACGCACCACAGAGAAAAUGUUAGUUUAUCAAGAACAGUCAAUGCCACAAAUACUUCAGCGCAGCCUAAGAAACAUCUUGCUUCCCGUUCAGACCCAGCGUUGAGCCAUUGGACUGAAUGUGAACAGAGUUCAACGACAAUGAACAAGUCAAACCGAACCACCGAACAGAACCCAUAUCCGUGCAGUGAAUGUGGCAAGAGUUUCACUAUGAUGGGAACCCUAAAAGCACACCAGCGAGUUCACAGAGAAAAGCCCACCCAUCCGUGCACUGAAUGUGGCAAGAGUUUCAGGGAUUCAACUAAACUCAAGAUACAUCAGAGGACUCACACAGGAGAGUCCCCAUAUCACUGCACUUUAUGUGAGAAGAGUUUCAAAGAAUCUGGAACGCUUACAAAACACCAGCGAACUCACACAGGAGAGACUCCCUAUCACUGCACUGUCUGUGACAAAACGUUCAGUAUCUUAGGAACCCUUAAAAGACACCAACGGAUUCACACUGGAGAGACACCCUAUCACUGUGGUGUAUGUGGAAGGAAUUUCAGGGCCUCAGGAAGUCUUACAACACAUCGGCGCGUUCACACAGGAGAGACCCCAUACCACUGCACUGUAUGUGAGAAAAGUUUCAGUCAGUUAGGAACUCUUAAGAAACACCAGAGAAUUCACACAGGAGAGACGCCCUACCACUGCACUGUGUGUGGAAAAACAUUCAGCAUUUCAGAAACACUUAAAAAACACCAGAGAAUUCACACAGGAGAGACGCCGUUUCACUGCACUGUAUGCGGGAAGGGAUUCAGAGAGUCUGGAAGUCUUAAAAAACACAAGCGAAUUCACACAGGCGAGACACCCUAUCACUGUACUGAAUGUGGAAAGAGCUUCAAGGAGUCUGGGAAGCUGAAAAUCCACCAGCGAUCUCACACAGGAGAGACCCCUUACCACUGCGCUGUCUGUGGGAAGAGUUUCAGUUUGUCUGGAACUCUUAAGAUACACCAGCGUGUUCACACAGGAGAGACCCCGUAUCACUGUCCUGAUUGUGGGAAGAGCUUUAGUCGGACCGGAGCCCUUAAAAAACACCAGAGGACUCACACAGGGGAGGCGCCUUACCUCUGUUCUGUCUGUGGGAAAGGAUUCAGGGAGUCUGGAAGUCUUAAAAGACACCAGCGUAUCCACACAGGAGAAAUGCCAUAUCACUGUACUGUAUGUAAGAAGAAUUUCAGUGAACUGGGAAAUCUUAAAAAACACCAGAGAAUUCACACAGGUGAGACCCCCUAUCACUGUACAGAAUGUGGAAAGAGAUUUGUGUACUCUGGCCAGCUGAAAACUCAUGCAUGUAAAGUUGAAAACAAUACCAUUUAAAUAAUCCUUCCUUUCAUUAUUACACAAUAGAAAACAAAACAAAUUUAAUGUUUGCAUAUAUAUAGGAGGAAAAGUUGACCAUGGCAAGACUUCGACAUUGUUUUCUUGAAGUCGUGCAAUUGUAAUCCUAGCACUGUGUGGUCUUGCAUUGUCCUGCUGGAAAAUCGACACUUCCGGAUUGACUUGCAGGAACGGCAGGACUUCAUCAAUGUAUCGCUGAGCAGUAAGGUUGCCCUCAAUCUGCACCAGAGGCGUUCUUGUGUUAAAGGAGAUUCCUCCCCACAUCAUCACACUUCCACCUGUUGGUUUGAACAACGCAACAGUCAGCGUAACGCUCACCACGACGUCUCCACACACGUUGUCUUCCGUCAGGUCUGUCAAGGGCAAAACGACAUUCAUCGAUGAAUAAAACACUCCACCGCUCUCUCUGCAGCCACCUCAGCUGUUCUCUGGCCCACAGAAGACGGCGAUUUUGUCUCUCUGCUGUCAACAUGUUACCCCUGAACGGCCUCCGAGCAUGCAAAUCAUUUUCAUGCAGACGGCGAGCUUCAGUCAUUCUGCUGAUGCGCAGGUUAUUUCUUCCUGGAAUUUCUCAUGCUGUAGCCACUGCAGUCUGAAAAUGAUCACACAGACGGAUCAGUCGGAUGUGACGGUCCUGGGGCGGUGUGGUGACCCUCUGCCUUCCAGGACGUGGCCUGUUUCUCACAGAGCCGGUUUCCUGGUUUCUCUGGACUAGUCUGCUGAUUGUUGAAGCAGAACAUCUCAUUCUCCGGGCAACUUCUCUCCCAGACAGGCCACCUUCAAUCAUGCCGAUAGCGACCAGGCGAUCUUCAUUACUCAAGUGAAGCAUGGUCGUGUCUUUCGCUGUUCUUGCAUUAAUUGAAAUCAUGUAUUUUCGAAUGGCUAUUUAUACAGAUUCUUAAUCAACUCAUUUUGGCAAUUUUAAAUCAACUCAAAUACCAAACACUGAGCACCUGGUGUUUUUAUGAAAUCACAUGACUUGAGCUCAAUAUUUUGUUAUCCCAAGGAACAAUACUACUCAAACAAUCAACAAACCUCUCUGCUCACUAUUUAAAAUGUAAAUAACAGUAUGUAUGUGCCCAAUGAGCUAUUGAUGUCAAACUUAGACUGUGUUGUGUUUUCACUGUGCAUCUAUCUAUCUAUCUAUCUAUCUAUCUAUCUAUCUAUCUAUCUAUCUAUCUAUCUAUCUAUCUAUCUCUAUCUAUCUAUCUAUCUAUCUAUCUA